AUGCGUAUUCCCGUAGACCCCGGCACCAGCAGGCGCUUCACGCCCCCCUCCACGGCCUUCGCCUGCGGCAAGAUGGGAGAGAGCAGCAGCGGCGGCGCCCUCGGGCCUCCCGCCGUCCCCGGCUCCCGCGGCCGCCCCGAGGCGCGCUCCGUCGUCGACGUCCUGGCCGACCACCCCGGCGAGCUGGUGAGGACCGACAGCCCCAACUUCUUGUGCUCCGUCCUGCCGUCGCACUGGCGCUGCAACAAGACCCUCCCGGUGGCCUUCAAGGUGGUAGCCCUUGGAGAUGUGCCAGAUGGGACUGUGGUAACGGUCAUGGCUGGCAACGAUGAGAACUAUUCAGCUGAACUCCGGAACGCCUCUGCUGUUAUGAAAAACCAAGUGGCCCGGUUCAAUGACCUUCGCUUUGUGGGACGGAGUGGCCGAGGCAAAAGCUUUACACUGACCAUCACAGUCUUCACAAACCCCACGCAAGUGGCAACCUAUCAUCGAGCCAUUAAGGUGACUGUUGAUGGACCUCGGGAGCCGAGACGGCACAGACAGAAGCUUGAAGAGCAGACCAAAUCCUUCCCUGAUCGCUUUGGGGAUUUGGAAAGGUUGCGACACUCCAUGAGAGUCACCCCCACCACCCCCAACGCUCGAGGAUCCUUGGGGACACCUGGUCACUUUGGAACGCAAGCACAGAGUCAGAUACAAGGUACAUCUGAUCUGAGCCCUUUCUCUGAUCCACGUCAGUUUGACCGGUCCUUUUCUGCGUUACCAGGCCUAGCCGAAAGCAGGUUUUCGGAUCCUCGGAUGCAUUUCGGACCCUCGGGUGCCAUGUCCGCAGCUUUCCCUUAUGCAGCUACGCCCUCUGCCACUGGAAUUGGAGGCAUCAGUAUGACCAGCAUGCCUGCCGCCUCGCGCUUCCACCAUACAUACCUUCCCCCUCCGUACCCCAGUUCCACACAAAACCAGAGUGGACAUUUCCAGACCAACCCAUCCCCUUACCAUCUGUACUACGGUACAUCAUCCGGGUCAUACCAGUUUUCCAUGGUGGCAGGGGGAGAGCGCUCGCCCACACGGAUGCUUCCCUCCUGCCCAAGCGCAUCAGCGGGCAACAACUUGAUUAACCCCAGCCUCGCCAAUCAAAAUGAUGGUGUCGAGGCGGAUGGGAGCCAUAGUAACUCACCAACGGCCAUGACAACUACUGGGAGGAUGGACGAAGCUGUCUGGAGGCCAUAUUGAAAAGGACCAGUAAACCAUCCGCCUUUCGC